AUGACCUAUGCGUGUCGUAUACGACAUGCACAUUGAGUGAAAUGAAAAUGAACCGGUGCGGGUCUUGGCUCGUGUGCUGGCUGGCGAUUGUAAUGAGCGUGGUGUCAAGGGAGGCAUUUGCUAAGCUAACUUACCGUGAUGCGAUGGGUAGAUUAUCAUUCCCAUCCUCCUACUCCCCCGGUGCCAACUGGAUGCCCGACUCCAACGGAUGGUCUGACAAGCACUACCCCGUCACCCAGAUGGGUGGCUCAAUCCCUGAAUGCUGGCCCGGCGGCUCCUUGAAGCUGACAAUGACCAACGAUGGGCCCGCUCUGCAGGGCUCCAGUCUCACCGUGAAGACCAAAACCAUCUUCCCCCGGGCCAUGUGGAUCGCCGACGAUGGGCAAGUGCGCUGGGCGCGCGACCUCUCCUCCCGAGGGCGUCUGCGAGUCAUCGCUCGGCGGCACGUGGCCUUCGCCCUGGGCGACUCCCCGGACUGCAAGCAGAACAAUAACAACAACAACAACUGGGGCCCGUGGCCUCCAGACCGGAACGGCAACAACUCGUACCCCAUCUAUCCCGACGGAAUGCUCAUGCCCCAGCCCCGCGAACACUACAAACAGCGCGAGUUUGUCUACGUCUGGCACACGCAAGGCAACUACUACCAGACAAUGGGGGGCACGGACGCGAGCGUGGAGCUCAAGACGGCCACCAUGGACGUGGGGACGUUCCAGAUACGAGUGUUGGUGUACCACGAGGGCUCGCAGGCUGGCAGGUUCUGUCCGCUGGCCAACGUCUCCAGCACCUACACAAUCACCGACGAGGUGCAGCUGAGCAUCAACGUGUCUCAAUCUGGAGACCGCAAUCCCAAGGACAACGUGUUCCUGGUGGGCAAAGAGGUCAAGCUCAAGGCCACGCCGUACGACCCCACCGGGUAUCUGCGCAGCAGCAAUGUCACUUACACGUGGGACUUUGGGGACGGCACGGUGAAGUCGGUGCCUGGCGAGAAUGGUAGCGACAAGGAGCACGCGAACCCAACAGGCCACACGUACGCCACGGCCGGCACCUUCCGCGUCUUCGUGGAGGUGCAGGCCGUCAUCCCGACGCCCUGCGAGCUCCUCAACGCCACCGUCCUGCCUGACUCCGCGCCACAGAAAUUCUACUCGGCUGAGAUUCAGGCCGUGGAAGAGCUCGGAGAGACCGCGUUCCGCGACCGCCAGGUCAGUUGGCUCUUGCCAACGAGCGUGGCCACCACGGCCUCGCCAUCCCUGUGCCAAGUGGUGAAGCGUGGCAGGGCCACCACCAGUGUCAUGGUCGUGCAGGGCAUCAAUAAAUUGCAGGUGGUGCAGACGGUCAAGUCAACGAACUCCUCCAGUGGCCUGGACAUAUUAAUCACCUGUGAAGGCAGCAUUCCCACCGAGGUGUGCACCGUGAUCGCGGAUGAGCUGUGCCUGGAGAUCCACAGCAGCUCGUGCGUCCUCUUCCAUCUGCCCUACACCUCGUGCGCACUCACUCUGCACCAGGAGUUCAACACGUCCGGCGUCUACUGCGUCAACAUCACGGCCUACGACGACGUGGGCGUUUCGGCCACCAGUACCAAGCUGCUCGUCGCUGUUCAGCCAGAGCCCAACUCACGGUAUAGGCAAACGCUGGGACCUGCGCUCUUGGCUGGAGGGGCGCUGCCCUUGGUGCUGGUCAUUAUGGCCGUGUUCGCCUACAAACGGCGCCAACGACGCAACUCGACGAUGCUGCCCUGCAAGGUCAGGGCAUACAUGGCUCCGAGCAGUGCUCACUUCAUCACGCAGACGGGCCGCGUGCCCGGAAGGAAAGCGUUGGCUGAGAACAAUCCGCUGCUGGACGCGUACCGACUCCGCCUCGUGUGACCGCGCUUGGAUCUCCUCGUCCGUGG